AGUGAAUGCUGUUGUGAAAAUGGCUGAUUCUCCUUCCCAGAAAGAAAUUGAAGAUGGGCUAAAAGAUUGUGCAAAUAGCCUCAUCAACAUUCCUCAUUCUACUGAAGAGCUCAUCAGUCUUCUUGAUAAAGUAGAAUCUCUGUUGAUAAAGGUAGCUCAAGCCCCUGACGAUUCAAUGAAAGAUGCCCUUCAACCAGUAAUGGAAGCUGUGGUCAGAAGUGAACUUCUAAAGCACACUGAUGCAGAUGUUAUAGUUUCUGUUGUAUCUUGUAUCUACGAGAUCUCUAGAAUAUCUGCUCCACUGCAGCCUUAUGAUGAUGAACUAAUGAAGGAGAUUUUCCAGCUUACUGUAAGAACAUUGGAAGAGCUGUCUCAUUCGGGCCGCCGUUAUCGUAAGGCUGUGAAUGUACUUGAAACUGUGGCAGAAGUCAAGGCCUGUUUGAUAUUGCUGGACCUUGACUGUCAUGCAUUGGUUGUAGAGAUAAUCCGGAUGUUUCUCAGGAUCAUCAGGGCCGACCAUCCUAAUAAUGUAUUCACAAGCAUGGAAGUAAUCAUGAUUCUGUUCAUUGAAGAAAGUGAUGAAGUCAAUAUGGAGCUCCUUCAGCCCCUUCUUGAUAGCCUCAGAAAGGAAAAUCAAAUCUGGUCACCUAUCUCGUCAAAGUUGGGAGAGAAGGUCCUGAAAGAAUGUGCUUCCACCGUUAGACCUUGUCUUCUCAAAGCCCUCAAAUCAAGAAGCAUGAAUCUUGAUGAAUAUGGAGAAAUCAUUGCCUCUAUUUGCAAUGAAAUUCCCAAGGGAGAACAAAUGACGGAAAAUGAAAAUGUGACUGCUGAAAAAGUUGGUCCAUCUGCUGCUGUUAUCUGUGAGACACUACUGGAGGAUGGGCCGCCUUCAAAUAAUAAUGGCACCUCUUCAAAAACAUUACAGCAUUGCAGUCAGAUGGAGCAGCCAAAGAAUAUUGGUGUUAGCAAUUGUAAGGUCAAAUCCGGUAGCAAAAGAAAACCACGUCAGAGCUCAAGGAACAGAGGAUCUGUUCCAAAAGGUGAUGUGGACACCACUUCUGGUCUUAACAUUGUAAAAAGAAAAGAGAACCUUACUGAUGCUGAGGAGUCAUCAGUGCAACAAAUUGAUGAAAAGAAACAGAAGAAAGAGAUUCAUGAUAUAGAAGAAUCAGGAGAUGAGGAGAUUAAACUAUCAUUUGGGGAUGAAAAUCUCUCCAGCCAAUUUGCCAAGACAAAGCGUCGGAGGAAUCUUACCGUAAGAAAGGAUCAGGAUUCUAAAAGGCGUCAGUUCACCAAAAAAUAUGGAGAAGAAAUAGUUGGUACCAGAAUAAGAGUUUGGUGGCCAUUGGACGAAAUGUUCUAUGAGGGUGCAAUUUCUGGAUUUGAUCAUGUGACAAAGAGGCAUCAGAUCGCAUAUGAUGAUGGUGAAACGGAAACCUUGAAUCUGAAUAAGGAGCAGUUUGAGAUUCUUGAAGACAAUCCAUCUGACAAGAAACAUGAAGCAGAUCUUCAAUGCAAUGCUGUUUCAUCUGUUCCGUCUAAAAGAAAUCCCCAAAAGUGUGACAUUGGGUCCAUGGAUAUUCCAAUUCCAGAUAAGAUGAAUGCUGAAGUUGGUUGUGAAACAAGCAGUGGGAAAAAAGAACUUGUUGACAAGGAAGAUAAAGAUACCACACAGAAGCAGAGACUCGAGAAUUGCAAAAUUGCCUUAGAGAACUCAUUUACGCUUGAAGGCCAUCCAUCUGACAAGAAGCAUGAAACAGAUCUUCAAAGCCGUGAUGUUUCAGCUGUUCUAUCCAUGAAGAAGAAAGUAAAAAAAACCUCCUCAAUAAAAAAGGAACCCGGAGUCUCAUCAUCCAAAAGGUUGUUCUUUUGUCCAAAAAAAAAUCCCCGAAAGAGUGACAUUGGUUCCAUGGAUAUUCCAAUUCCAGAUAAGAUGAAUGAUGCUGAUGACGUUGGUCUUGAAACAAGCAGUGGGAAAAAAGAACUUGUGCAGAAGGAAGAUAACGAUAUCACACAGAAACAGAGAUCCAAGACUUCCAAAGUUUCCUUUGAGAGCUCAUUGGCGCUUGAAGUCCAUUCAUCUGACAAGAAGCAUGAACCAGAUCUUCAAAGCAAUGAUGCUUCAUCUGUUCCAUCCAUGAAGAAGAAAUCGAAAAGAACCCCCUCAACAAAAAAGGAACCUGGAGUCUCGUCAUCCAAAAGGUCUAAAAGAAAACCCAAAAAGAGUUGUGUUGAAUCCCUGGAUAUUCCAAUUCCAGAUAAGAUGAAUGAUGCUGCUGAUGUUGGUUGCGAAACAAGCAGUGGGAUAAAAGAGCUUGUGGACAAGGAACAAGUUGCCUUUGAGAGCUCAUUGGCGCUUGAAGUCCAUCCAUCUGACAAGAAACAUGAACCAGAUCUUCAAAGCAAUGAUGCUUCAUCUGUUCCAUCCAUGAAGAAAGCAAAAAGAACCCCCUCAAUAAAAAAGGAACCUGGAGUCUCGUCAUCCAAAAGGUCUAAAAGAAAACCCAAAAAGAGUUAUGUUGAAUCCCUGGAUAUUCCAAUUCCAGAUAAGAUGAAUGAUGCUGCUGAUGUUGGUUGCGAAACAAGCACUGGGAUAAAAGAAUUUGUGGACAAGGAACAAGUUGCCUUUGAGAGGUCAUUGGCGCUUGAAAUCCAACCAUCUGACAAGAAUCAUGAGACAGGUCCUCAAAGCAAUGAUGUUUCAUCUUCUCUAUCCACGAAGAAGAAAGCAAGAAAAACCCCCUCAACAAAAAAGGAACACGGAGUAUCUUCAUCCAAAAGGUCUAAAAGAAAAGCCCAAAAGAGUGACACUGAGUCCCUGGAUAUUCCCAUUCCAGAUAAGAUGAAGGAUGCAUCUGAUGUUGGUUGUGAAACGAUCAGUGAGAAAAAACAACUUGUGGACAAUGAAGAUGACAUGUUCGCACAAGCAGAGUCCAAGACAUUAGAAGUUGCCUUAGAUAGCUCAUUGACGCCAGUGCACUCACAGCAUUGCCAAAAUGAAGGAAGCUAAAAUAUAAAGAUGUUAAAAGUUUUUAUUUGGGGAAAAGUCAGUAGUCAUUAGUCGUUACUAGUUCAAAUCUGAAAACUUUGUACUAUUAUUGAAUUCCAUUAGCUUCUAACUUUGAAAGCUAUGAGAUCAUUAGUUUAAUUAUUUGAAUGUACAGCUGGUGGAUUCCAUGCUCAACCAAGUUCAUGGUGGUGCAUCGCCUUUUUGAGGACAUGAAUGAUUAUCCAACUGCUUCUUCCUGUUAUUUGUUUGUUUUCCCUUUUGCAACUUGAUUUUUUCUGAGAGUUCUUUUCAUUUCUCUCUUUGUUGUACAAAGCAAAGUGA